AUGUCGCGGGCAAGCGCCUGCAGGACAGGCGCAGCGGGUGAUGACUUCGUGGUUAUACUGCGACACCUAGCUGAUCCAGCAAGUCUGCCCCAGCAGCGCUUCAUGGAGAACCGUGUGGCAAGAGCCGAAAGAAGAGGUCCAAAUGGCGCCGAGUCAAAGUAUUACCAAGGAGAGACGUUUGGUCAGCUCUACAAUGCCAGCUUGCAGCGAAUAUUCAAGUUCAUGCAGGACAUUCUUCAAGAUGCUGUCGUGUUUGUGGCCAUCGGAGCCAUGAAGUCUUUCCUGGUCCUGUUCACUAUCUUGCACUUCUUUUUUAGCUGCCUGUUCUGCUUCCGCGGGGCACACAAGAUUGGACUGUUAACUCGACGGCACUGGGCGCUGUCCAACCUGGUCUACCAGCUGCGAACGCUCUGGAAAGAAAGGAAGGUGCAGAGGCAGAUCGCUGCCGAUUUCCUUCGAAGGCACCAGACACCACAAUUGCUGAGCAUACGCGUGCAGAGACAUGUAGACUGGCUCCAGCUCCACCAGUUCCGACCCAGGGACCCGGAAAAAGCCCGACGAAAUGCCAUGACCUUGGUCACUGAGAUCAUGGAGGAGAUGUCGGCACCUCCCCUGAUCGAGCAUCCGUUUUUUCGUAGCUUUCGUCACAAGCACCCGAAGCUUCUCAACCAGCUCUGUUGCGAGGCACUGGUUCCAGUUUUUCACUGUUCUCCGGAAGUGGUCUUCACCGUGGGAGAAUCGUGUUCCAUGAUGUACGUUAUCAUCAGCGGCCAGUCGCAAUAUGCUGCGCAGCUGCCACCGCCCAGGGACUCGCCAGCAGGAACCCCGGGAACACAGGUCCGGAAGACCUUGCAGAGCGGCCAGUGGCUGAGUGAAGCCGCCCUUUGGACUGGCUGGGUCCAUCGGGGUGAGCUCAGAACACUCUGCGACUGUCUGUUCUUUGGCCUGGAAGCCGGCAGAUUUGCGAGGGUCAUCUCUUCGCAAAAGUCGGCCCAUGCUUUCGCAGCCAGUUAUGCGAGGAAGUUCGUUGAGGGGUUGAACCGGAGCAUCCAGUCCGACAUCACAGAGGCAGGCCUCGGAAGAGUGACCAGGCAGGACCUGUUGAUUGAGAUCGCUAGGAUCAUACAAAAAUCCGGCUGCAAAGACCAAGCCGAUGCAGACAUGUUUGAGGCCUGCAUCAUCGCUUACCAUGCCACAGUGGCACAGAAAGAAAUUUCAGUCAUCGGCAUAGAUUUGGGAACGGCUGACUCGUACGUGGCAUACAUCCGCGGGGGAGCCAUAGAAGUUGUUCAGAAUGAGGUUUCUCAGAGGAAGACGCCCAGUUUGGUUGGGUUUACCGACAGAGAGCGUCUUCUCGGAGACACCGCGCUGUCGCAGAUCAAGUCGAAUGCUAAGAACACAUGUCGAAACUUCAAACACCUACUGGGCCAGAGGUUCGACUCCCCUGCGGUCGAUGCAGAGAAGUUUUGGUCAACUUGUCCCCUAGUGCAGACAGAGGAUGGCUUCGCAGGAUAUUCAGUCAGCUACAAGGGUGAGACGACGCAAUUCUCGGCGACUGAGGUUACAGCCAUGUUCCUGACCAAGCUGAAGCAGGUGACGGAGGCAUGGUGUGGAGCAAAGGUGGCUGAUGCAGUCAUCGCCGUUCCCUCCUACUUCGCUGAUUUUCAGCGCCAAGCGCUCUUGGAUGCUGCUGCAAUUGCCGAUCUACAUGUGCUCAGAGUUGUCAACGAGCAUACCGCGACAGCUUUAGAGUAUGGCUUUUUCAGGAACAGCAACUUUGAUGCUGAGAAGCCAUCAAUAGUGGCUUUCUGUCAGAUGGGUCAUUCCAAUUUCUCUGUGGCAAUUGUUCAGUUCCUCAAGGGCGAGCUGACAGUUCUGUGCGAGAAGUCGGACAAGGUGGGGGGCCGAGACAUGGUUGAAUGCCUCAUUAGGACGUUUGCCGACCAGUUCAACAAGAAGACAGGCUGCGAUGUCUUGACCAACAAGAAGGCUUGCUUCAAGCUGGAGGAUGCUGUGGCCAAAACAAAGAAGAUCUUGUCCGCGAACACAGAGGCUAGUGUGUCGUGUGAGUGCCUCAUGGAGGAUCACGAUUUCAGUGGAAAUGUGGACCGAGAAACCUUUCUAGAAAUGUGCAAGCCGAUGAUGAAAAAGGUAAGCGACGUAUUGGAGGCAGCAAAGGCUUCUUGCAACCUGUCGGUGUCUGCAAUCGAUUCAGUUGAAAUUUGUGGGGGAGCUGCGCGUGUUCCCUGGGUCAAGGAGAUGUGCUCCAAGGCUUUUGGUGGCAAGGAACUGUCCACCACCAUGAAUGCAGACGAGUGCGUGGCUCGAGGCUGCGCGCUCCAGGCGGCAAUCUUGUCACCGCUGUACAAAGUGCAAGACUUCAAAGUGGAGGACAGCUGCAAAUUUCCCAUCAGCAUUGGCUGGCAGAUGCCGAUCAGUGAUGGAGGCAACGGCAACACAAAGGACGUGACUUCUGUGGUUUUCUCUACUGACUCUGUGCUGAACCUGCUCAAGGUCAUAACGUUCAAGCGCAAGGCUCCCUUCGAUCUGAAAGUUUCGUAUGCAGCCGACAAGCUGCCGUCGGGCACUUCGAAGGACCUGGGAACCUAUACCAUUGAGGUGCCUUUGCAAGAUGCCCCAAAGAAAGUGAAGGUGAAGACCGCAUUGACCCUCCAUGGCACGUUCGCGGUCCAGAGUGCCCAUCUCGUCGAGGAGGAAGAGGAUGCACCUAUGCCGGAUGCAGGCGACCAGGAGGCUUCACGCAAAAGAAAAAUCAAGAGAAUUGACCUUUCCAUCAAGAAGAAGGGUUGUCCAGGUUUGAGCGAGACGCUGCUUAAACUGAGCAAGGAGAAGGAAGAGAAGAUGAUUCAGGACAUGCAGGAGGUGAUCGAGACGAAUGCAAGGAAGAAUGACCUCGAAGCAUACAUCUUGACGAUGCGCAGCAGUAUUGCCGAUGGUGGAAAGUUGAAGGGAUACAUCAAGGAAGAGGACAGUCAGAUGUUGUCGAAGCAGCUCGAGAGCGCCGAGGAUUGGUUGUAUGACCAUCCCGACGACCUGAAAGAGGCCUUCGUGAAAAAGCUCGAGGAACUGAAGGUUUUGGGCGGCCCAGCUGAAGCACGUCAUCGCGACGAUGCCCGCAGACCAGAACUUAUCCAUAGCUUGGAAGAAUCCAUCUCCAGGUUCAAGGCCGCAGCGGCCACAGCGCAAGGGCAGCCGAACCCCCGCAGCAUCACAGAGAACGCCAAGUUGCAAGGACUGGAGAAGACUUGUGACGAGGUUCAGCAAUGGUUGACGGACUCGAAAGACAAGCAAGCCAAGCUAUCAAAGUUAGAUGAUGCAGUGCUGACCGUGGAGACCCUUCAGGCCAAGACUGAUGAACUGGUCAAAUUGGCAGAGUCAGUUCUCGGACAAGGAGACUCCACUCCCUCGCCGAUCGCUGCAAACGGCAAGUCAGCACUAGAUGUUGACUGA